CAUUCCCUAAUUCUUUUCCAUUCAUAUACUAUUAACUAGACCGUUUUAGGAAGGAGGUGAAGGAGAUAGAUAAGUAGUCAUGAGGAGAAACAAUUCGUCGGGGGCCUCGUUAGCCCUCGGGCUCAUUGUCAUGACCCUGGCCGGCCAGUGUUACGGUCAGUUGGUCGUCAAGUUUUACAAUGGCAAGUGUGGUAAUAUUGAUGUUGAGGAGUUUAUCCGUGCGAAAGUGGAAUCGGCUUUCCAGUUUGAUAAGACCGUAGCAGCUGCCAUGCUUCGUAUGCUCUUCCAUGAUUGCUUUGUUGGGGGAUGUGAUGCAUCACUUCUACUCGACGGAGAAAAUACUGAGAAGACUGCAGGGCCAAACAGAUCAGUCAGAGGUUACGAACUAAUUGAUGAUAUCAAGAGAGAGAUAGAGAAUGUUUGCCCUAAUAUUGUUUCUUGUGCUGAUAUUAUUGUUAUAGUGACAAGAGCAACCGUUGCAUUGGCAAGUGACGGCAAAAUUGCAUACGAUAAAGUUGAAACAGGGAGACGUGAUGGUGAAACCUCUCUAGCUAGUGAUGCCCUGAACAAUUUACCUCCACCAAAUGUGCCCGUAUCUCAAGCCAUAUCAAUAUUUGGUGCCAAGGGAUUCACUCUUUUACAGUUUAUCCUCCUUUUGGGUGCACAUACUGUUGGAAAAGCACAAUGCGUUAAUUUUCAAGAUCGUUUGUACUUCUUCAACGGCAAAGCAGGAAGGUCGGACCCCAAAAUCGAUAGCAGUUUUCUCAACGUUUUGAAAAAUACUUGCCCAGAAAAUGGGAUGAAGACCAACCUCGUCGAUCUUGAUCAAAUUUCUCCAAAUAAAGUAGACAAUAUGUUCUACGAUUCGAUUCUAAAAAAUCUCGGAGUUCUCCAAAUUGAUCAAGACAUUGCUUAUGACAGAGCAACUCGCAAAAUUGUGGAAGAUUUAGCAGCUAACAGAAUUGAUUUUAAUGCUGAAUUUGCUUUGGCAUUGGAUAAAUUGGCUAGACUUAAUGUUCUUACAGGAUUAAGUGGACAAAUUAGGACAACUUGUCGCAUGGUUACAAGGGUAUAAUCGGUUAAGUCAUCUAAAAUUUUGGAUAGACUUUCUUGAUUGAAAUCCAAAAUUAAAUAAUUUGGAUUUUGUGAUGAUCAUUCAUUAUUUUUAUUAUGUUGCUAUUCUACAUUUAUUUUAAAGGGAAUUAUGAUUUUCUCGUACCUAAGAGGAAAGGUACAUUUUGUAUUUGAUGGGUUACAACUUACAAGUAUACCAAUUGAAUUGAAUUGAAUUGAA